CACUCACCUCCUGUCCUCUCCCCCAAAUUUCUUUACUCUCUCUCUCUCUAUAUGUGCAUAUAUAGUUUAUGUAUAGAUCUUCUCCCUAACCACAUACACAUCUAGAUAUAAAAGAGAGACCGUUUCGGAGAAUUUCUGUGAAUUCUCGAGAAAUUUGUCUCAAUUCCAAUGACUAUUCGCCGUAAUUGUUUGUUGUUAAUUGUUGUGUUGAUAGUUGUUUGGGGUUCGCAGUGUGGCGACGCGUUUGGGACGUUUGGGUUCGAUGUACACCACAGGUACUCCGAUCCGGUGAAAGGAAUUUUGGACCUCGAUGGAUUGCCUGAGAAAGGUAGUAUGGAGUACUACUCAGCUAUGGCUCAUCGUGAUCAGUUCAUACGGAGACACGGUGGUCGCCGGCUUGCCGACACCGUUGACUCAUCACCGCUCACUUUCGAUGGAGGCAACGACACUUAUCGAAUCAGUGGUUUUGGAUUUUUGCAUUAUGCGAAUGUCUCGGUUGGCACGCCAAGUUUGUCAUAUCUGGUGGCACUUGACACUGGCAGCGACCUGUUUUGGUUACCAUGUGAUUGUACCAGUUGUGUACGUGGCUUGGUGCGGGGAUCCGGACAAAAGAUAGACUUCAAUAUUUACAGCCCUAAUACAUCAUCAACGAGCAUGACAGUUCCCUGCAACAGCACCAUGUGUGGACAACAAAGAAGACAGUGCUCUACGACAAGGAAAGCUUGUGCAUAUCAAGUUGUAUAUCUUUCCAGUAAUACUUCGUCUACUGGGAUCUUGGUAGAGGAUACGUUGCACUUAAUCACAGAUGAUAGCCCAUUAAAAGAUGUUGAUGCACAGAUUACACUUGGCUGUGGAAUAAUUCAAACUGGCACAUUUUUGGAAGGUGCAGCUCCCAAUGGUCUGUUUGGGCUUGGUAUGGAUGCUAUAUCUGUUCCUAGUGUUUUAGCAAGUCGAGGACUUGCUGCAAAUUCUUUCUCUAUGUGUUUUGGGCCUGAUGGACUGGGGAGGAUCGUUUUUGGAGAUAAAGGCACCUCAGACCAAGGAGAAACACCAUUCAAUAUUGGCCAAUUACAUCCGACAUACAAUAUCAGCGUGACACAAAUAACCGUGGAGAAAAAUGUCACUGAUCUCAAUUUCAAUGCAAUCUUUGACUCCGGCACCUCGUUUACUUAUUUGAACGACCCAAUUUAUACAGUUAUAUCAGAGAAAUUCAAUUCUGCAACCAAAGACAAACGCCAUCCACCUGAUUCCAGUCUUCCUUUUGAAUAUUGCUAUGACUUAAGUGCAAAUCAAACUACGAUUUCGGUUCCAGAUGUCAAUCUAACUAUGGAAGGUGGAACCCAAUUCUACAUUACCGAUCCAAUAAUAGUAACUAGUGUUCAGGGCGGUGGCUAUGUAUAUUGUUUGGGUGUUGUCAAAAGUGAGGACAUAAAUAUCAUUGGACAGAACUUCAUGACCGGUUACCGUAUAGUUUUUGAUCGUGAGAAGAUGGUUUUGGGUUGGAAGGGUUCUGACUGUUAUGAUGCCAAAACUUUCAAUACUCUACCGGUAAGCCCGCGAAGCUCCCCUGCAGGUCCUCCCGAUUCCACCGUCAAACCAGAAGCCACAUCAGGAAUUGGAAAUGGCUCCCCUUUUCCAAGUUCAACACCGCCACCACCAUCUGCAGGGAACCAUUCGCGCCGCUUGAAUUCCUUUGCUUACACACUUCUGUUGGCUCUUUUUUCUCUUUCGACCCACUAUUUGAUCAUUCUUUCCUCAUGAGGUUUUUUCUUUUCUUUUUUUUAUCAUUAUAUGUAUUUUUAUUAAUAUGAGGUGUAUUACACACAAUAUUUGAGCUAUUGCGUGCUUCCUAUUUAUUAGGACUUUCAGCAUUGAUUCCAUCCUGAGUUGUAAAUAUACUACUGUUUCUCAGCAUCUCUCUCUGUAUAAUAAAUAGGAGAAUGAAUGUAGAAUUUGUUUUCUGACUCUCAAUGCUAAUACGCGGGCCGGA